AUGCCUCCUCCACCAUCUACACCAACGCCCCACCGCUUCGUCCUCAAGCGCGAUCCUCAGCAACCACCGAAACCCCCACCCGGCCGCCGCAACCCCGCCAGCCAACCCACCUCAACUCCAAAGCCGCGCCCAACUCCCAAACCACUAUCGACGCCAAGUACAUCUUCGCGGCAGUUUGCGCAGACUCCCCGCUUCUCCUUCGCUCAGACCAGAAGCCAUGAUGCGCCGCCGACCCCGCAGUCCACCGCGUCGCCCGCCUCACGUCCCCAGCGGGGCCUAAGGCCCUUGACGCGUGCGGAAAGCAUUGAAGAUGCGUCGCAGGAGGCUGAGGACGGCGAUCAUGGAGACGGGGAUGGCGACAGAGAGAUGCUGGACGCGUUGGACGCGUCUGCAAUGCAGCAGACCGUCGAGAUAGACGAGCCGGCGGCGCAGCCGGAAGAGGACGGAGAGGGCCACCAUGAUCGAGACGAAGGUGCAGAAGAGAUGUUAUUCGCAUCUCCAGAACACCGUGCGAAGCGUCGCCGACUAUCCUCAAGCCUGUCCCCGCCACCAGACCUGCGCCUUCCUGUCCGCUCUCCCACGAGACCCGUAUCGGCGCCCUCGCCAGCGCCGUACUCAAGUCGCUUCCUCCUGCACCCCUCUCAACCUGCAUCUUCACAAAUCACUAAUGAGCAGCAGUCGGCUAGCCGACGUCCCGCUUUCCGUCUGCCCCAACAACAUCAGCUGGACAGCGGAAGCAGAGAGCCGUUGCCAGACACAUUCUCCCCGCACCGCCGGGGCCAGAAGUUCGUGCCGGGAGGCAUGGCGGACGUGGUUCGCGGCUGGGUCAUGGACGUCGGUAGCAGCGCUGGGCAAGGGCGGGCGGGGAGGAUGGCAGGGAGGGCGCGCGGCGAUUCCGAGUUUGUGGUAAAUGUACAGGUGGGCAACGUUACACUUGCUGAUGGCUUGACGCUCCUGAGGGGGCUGAGUGCCAAUCGGAAUGAUCUGCUACAGGAGAAGAGGCUUGUGCUUACGGGCAAGGCGAGAGGUGGGAAUGUGGAGAGGGUUCAGAAAGGAGAUAUGGUUGGGGUGAGGGCGCCGAGCUGGGAGAUUGAGGUCAAGGGGAGAACGUGGAGCGUAGGUGUUGAUUGGGGCACUUUUGAUGGCGGUGGCGGAGAGGCCGGCCGUGAGUAG